CGGGACUAAGUGGAUCGCGAUGGAUAUGAAAGAAGAAGACGAUGGUGCGAACGAAAGUAGCAGGCAACUGUUUUUGGUGGGUGCACCGCGUGAUCCAUUGGUAUCAGCUGGGGCGAUCGUUGCUUCUGCUGGAGCACCAGACGAGAUCAACCCUGGAGGAGAUCUACAGUCGACUGCUCUGGCUAGUCUGAUAGGCGCGCAAUCUUCCUCGGUUUGCUUUCCUACAAAAUUCUCUUACGAUUUCUCAUCAAGUCCGGGAAGCGAGGACCGACAACCGUCCGGAGUUGGUAAACGAAAGCAGCGUAGAUACCGCACCACAUUCACCAAUUUCCAGUUGGAGGAGUUGGAAAGAGCCUUUCAGAAAACACAUUAUCCUGAUGUAUUCUUUCGAGAAGAACUUGCACUUCGUAUCCAAUUGACAGAGGCCAGAGUGCAGGUAUGGUUUCAAAACAGAAGAGCAAAAUGGAGAAAACAGGAAAAACAGUGUAAAGUAACCACUCACUUGACGUCGCAUUUGCCACCUUCCGACUGCCAGGAAGUUCAGCAACAACAACAACAGCAGCAAUCGGAUCAUUUACUGUUAGAACCACCAUUGGGUAGUCCGCCACCUAUAUAUCUUGGCAUGGAAUGGGCUGGUUUUUCACCAUACAGUAAUACAGCCACUGCGUCGCCUCUCGUGGUCAAUAGUAUGAACAAACCAUUGGAAUUGGAGACAGAUGAUAAUCCUUUGUUGGAUCCAGAGCUGUUGCAACUAAAAACUUCACGUUCCUAAUGAUACAGUUCUAAGUCUAUACCGUAGUGUAGCGCGCCAACAAUAUUCCUUUUAUCAUAUUAUACAUUUUUAAAACACAAAAUGUCUAUUGCAAGUGACUACUGCAAACGUCAUUUGAGUUUUAUCAUAUAUUGUGCAAUCUUAUUACCAGUUUUUGCUGGUAUAUUGUAAGUAAUUUAAAAAUAUGGGACCAAAAAUUUAUCAGCGAGAACGGGACAAACAUUAAAACCCAGAAUACUUCAAAUAUUGUUAUGUAGAUUUUGUAAGAAUAUACAUCUAGAUUUAUUCUUUUUGUGGGUACAAUGAAUCCCAAAUAAGCAAUGUUAAUUGUAUGUUACAAAUCAAAAUUAAAUUUGUACCCUUAGAAAA